AAUGAUCAAAAUUGUUAUUAUUGUAUGAAUUAUGUUCAAGUGCGACACUUAUUUUGAGUAAGAAAAAAAAAGUAAGCAAUUAAACAAAUAAAACACUAACAAUAUGGAUAGGUGACAUAAUCAUGAAAGCUAAUGCACUUGACAUUCCUCCUUAAGCCUCUAUAUAUAUGAAUGCAUGAGCUAGCAUUCAGAUUCCCCCCACCACCAAUUUCUCCCUAACCUCUCUACUCCUUCUUCUAUAAUAAUCCAUUUCUUCCUUUAUCACUUCCCCUAAAAGGAGUGCCACAUCCCCUCAUUUCCCAUUUUUGUACUAUCAACUUUUUUAGUUCACAACACUCAAAAUAAUUGGUUAGGAAAUUCAACUAUGUCUCUGUUCUCACAUCACCAACAUUCUUCACAUCAAUUCUUCAUUUUCCUACUUAUCUUAGCUUUCAAAGGGUUUACAAUUUCAGUUUCAGCAACAACAUUCACAUUUGUGAACAAAUGUGAUCAUACAGUAUGGCCAGGAAUUCUAGGUAAACCGGAUCUCGGAACAACCGGUUUCGAACUCAAAAAGGGAACAACACAAACCUUUCAAGCACCAACCGGUUGGUCCGGUAGAUUCUGGGCAAGAACCGGUUGCAAAUUCGAUGAUUCCGGUCACGGAACAUGCUCAACCGGCGACUGUGGUUCCGGAGAAAUCAACUGCAACGGUAACGGAGCAACACCACCAGCAACACUAGCAGAAUUCACUCUAGGAACAGGCUCACCUGAUUACUACGACGUUAGUCUCGUCGAUGGUUACAAUCUUCCGAUGAUCGUUGAAACCAACGGCGGUUCAGGUUCAUGUGAGGCUACUGGUUGUGGUGAAGAUAUUAACCGGAGGUGUCCAUCGGAGUUGAGAGUGGAUGGUGGUGACGCGUGUAAUAGCGCGUGUGGCGCGUUUGGGAGAGAGGAGUAUUGUUGCAGCGGCGCGUUUGCUUCGCCGUCGAGUUGUUCUCCGUCGGUUUAUUCGGAAAUGUUUAAAGUUGCUUGUCCGAAAUCUUAUAGCUAUGCGUUUGAUGAUGCUACGAGUACUUUUACUUGUACUGAUGCUGCUGAUUAUACUAUCACAUUUUGUCCUUCUUCUUCCCCAAGUUUGAAGUCUUUGAUGCAGUCAGGACCAGGAUCAUCAGUAGAACAAGCUGCAGUAGCUACUAAGUCAUGGAUAGCCAAUUUGGCUACGGGGGAUUCCACAAGAAUAAACCAACCAUUUUCAAUUUCCAUGUCUAUAUUUUUUAUGGCUAUCACUUUCAUUUUUUCAUAUUUAGUCUUUUAGUCUCUAUGUGUCCUUUUCUUAGUGACAUUUCAUUUUCUCAUAGUCUUUAUGACAUAGGAAAAGGAUCAAACAAAAUGUAAUUGGUGUAAUUAACUUAGAUUAUGGUUGUUGAAUUAAUUCAAUGUAUAUUAUAAGUAUUUUUAUUUAAUUAACCAUUUUGUUGGUUUUUGUUCUUUGUAUCAUUU